UGCCUGUCACUACUGUAUUGUGCAUGGCUUCUGUUGGUAAGUAAACGAGAGGUCGUAGUCUCAAGCAGGGUAGAUCAUUAAAUGGUUUUGAAGAGUUCGCUAGCGUAAUUCACACUUUUUGGGGUCAUGAUGGAGAUGGAGGAUGGAAAACCAUUGUACGAGCGGAGGUUUGAUGCCGCUGUCAAAGUGAUACAAAGCUUGCCUCCAGACGGUUCUUUUCAGCCCUCCAAUGACAUGAUGCUCAAGUUUUACAGUUACUACAAACAGUCCACACUAGGACCCUGCAACACACCCAGACCCGGUUUCUGGGACCCCAUGGGCAAAGUCAAAUGGGAUGCAUGGAAUGAUCUGGGAGAAAUGCCCAAGGAAGAGGCAAUGACUGCUUAUGUUGAUGAAUUGAAGCUGAUCCUAGAGGGCAUGCCCUGUACAGCUGAGGUAGAGCAGCUGCUGCUGGUGUUGGGGCCCUUCUAUGAACAGGUGCAGGAGAAAAAACACAUAAAUCAGGUGUCCGACCUGUCUGCAGGUUUUGGGACCAUGAUUGCAUCAGCACCUUCAAAAAGUGUCACAAGGAGCAUCAUUAGGACAAUGGAAAUGAAUGGCACCUUGGAGACACGGCCCCCCAGACCGGCGGUUGAGGCUCCAAAGCCCAAAGUCAUGGCAGUGAAGGAACGGGGGGAGGAAGAGGAGUUUGAGUUUGAUGAGGAAGAUGACAUUGAAGUAGAAGCAGAAGAAAUUGUGGAGAUACAGGAGGUGAAAAAAGCAAAUGAAAAGUCAAAGAAAAAGGGCUCAUCCAGGAGACCUAAAGUCCCCCUGUCCGAAGGUAAUGUGAGGAACGGGAUGAGCCACUUUUCCAAUGGGACCCACACCUCCAAGGCUGCGCUGAACAGUGAGGACUCAGAGGAGGGCCUCUUGAGCAGCACCCUGCCCCUGGAGCCCCAUGUCCAGGUCAACGGCCACCACGCAGAUCUGGAUGUAUCCUGGCCCCGUCAUGUGACCAGUGACUCAGACAGCGAGGUCUACUGUGACUCUAUGGACCAGUUUGGCCUGGAAGAGGGCUCUGAGGCACACACUGACCGCUGUCUGGAGCUGGAUGAGGAAGAGCAGGGGGAGAGCCACAGCCCUCUGUCCGAUCAGGAGGGGCCCGCCGAGGCACCGUGUGGGACCCCUGAGGACCCCCAGGGCCCACCCAAGGGCAUCCAGUGUGGCGGGGAGGAUGGGGAGACUAGUGGAGGGGCCUCUCAGAGACAAAGACUGAAUACAGAUAGGGUCGAUAGGAGAGAACGAGGCUCCAGGUCUUCAGGGCACGGCCUAGAGUCCCAGGGGCCCUUCCUGGGUAGCGGAGGGGACGGGGAACGAUGGGGUGGAGCGGGAGCAACAGGAGGCAGUCUGAAUGAACAGAUCGUAGUGGCGCUGGCCAGACUGCAGGAGGACAUGCAGAGUGUCCUGGAGAGACUGCACACACUGGAGGCCCUCACUGCAUCCCAGUCAUUGGCUCUACCAUACCCAUCAUCACCCCUGGCAAAGAAGGGUAGUAUGAAACCAUCCUGGUGGCCUUUUGACGUGUCUCCUAGCGCUGUUGCCUUUGCUGCGGCAUGGCCGUUUGUGGUGCAGUGGCUCAUCCGCCUAUAUCUUCAACGUAAGAGAAGACGAAUCAACUGAAAAGUCUCCCGCCCCAAAGACACAGAGCGACGAUGAGAGCUCUCUCAACAGUCUCUGGGUUGGGUAACGGCCGUAACCACCCUUCCGCUUUCCCACCCGCACCUCUGUAACUCUAGCUUUUGCACUAUGAAGAUGGCACUAGGAGUAGUGAGUUUGGGGGACGCAUCACAACCCACUGGCACUACAAUUGAAAUCAAAAGAGAAAUGUGAAUUGAACUGCAGCUUUUAUAAUCAUGUAUACAACUACUGUACUACAUUAGUACUUUCUGUUUUGCUCUGAAGAAAUUAUGAUGAUUUAACUUGGGCGGUAAAGUUAUUGGUUGUGUAUGUUGAGUAUAGGUAUUGCAACUAUUCCGUACAUCUUACGGCACGUAUCGGCAACUUUGAUGGGGGUAUGGUCCAGGAGGGGGAAAAAACGAAACUCCCCUUUUUAGCGGUCCGUCUCCUGACAGCGAAGAGAAAAAAAAUUGACUUUUUAAACUUAAUUUCCUGCAAUUCUGCAUAUUUUGCCACGGGGCGUAAAGAAAAUGUUGCCGUUUUAAAUAUGACCGAUGAUCAGUGGGCCCCACCCCAGUUAGUAAUUUGACUAUGUUUACUACAAGUUAGCUGGCCACUAGACUAACUUACCAAUGUAAAAACAUUUAUCUGACCUGGGCUUAUUGAGUGACUGCUGAUGCACAACAAAAACCGAAUGUCGAAAUCGCAGCUUAUGUAUUCUACUAUUAUAACUCUCAACAGUACGUUUUCUUUUUGUCAAAUUAUUCCGCGGGCCUACAAAGGGGGGGCCCGCGGGUCUCCCCGCCAGUUGCUCAUCCCUUGUCUUACAGCAUUAUAAGAACUAUCCAACUUGUCCUGCAAAUGGACAUAACUGCAACAGAAACCUUACGCCAUAUAUCAUAAUAGUUCAUAAUAAUAUUAUAAUAAUCAUAAUAGUUGCUCAGGCUGCUAAUAUAUGGUGAUAACGCUAGGUAGAUAAGUGUGUAUAUAUAUAUAUAUAUAAUAAUGGAUUUGUGGAAAGGUACAAUUAAAUUCUGAAAAUGUGUUAAUUUAUUAUUUCUAAUAUUAAAUGAAAAUUAAGACUUUAUUGUCUAGUUUCUGGUUGUACAUUACUGCUAGGAUGUGAAUGGUUCAGAAUAAGUCAUAUAUAUUUUUUUUUAAUCGGAUUGGCUUUUAUACACUUAAUUUGUGUAUAUAUAAAAAUUAAAUCAACUCAUGAUAUAAGGUGCCUCACCAAUGUAGCCGUAUACAGUACUUGGGGGUGAUAGGUAGCCUAGCGCUUAAGAAUGUUGUGCUAGUGACUGGAAAGUUGCGAAACGCUAAUUGAACACUCAAAUGUUACCACCUCAAGCAAGAGGAAAAGAGAUAAAAAGGUGAAUAGUGUUGAUAAAUACAUCAAUAAAUAAAUUAAAUUAAAUAAAACAAUUCAAAUACAUUGUUCUUUUUUUGAUGAGGACUUGAACUUCAUAUUUGUUCGUAGCAUAUUCUUUUAAAUGUACACUACCGUUCAAAAGUUUGUGGGUCACUUAGAAAUGUCCUUGUUUUCCAUGAAAACAUACUUGAAAUGAGUUGCAAAAUUAAUAGGAAAUAUAGUCAAGACGUCGACAAGGUUAUAAAUAAUGAUUUUUAAUUGAAAUAAUAAUUGUGUCCUUCAAACGUAGCUUUCGUCAAAGAAUCCUCCAUUUGCAGCAAUUACAGCCUUUCAGACCUUUAGCGUUCUAGUUGUCAAUUUGUUGAGGUAAUCUGAAGAGAUUUCACCCCAUGCUUCCUGAAGCACUUUCCACAAGUUGGAUUGGCUUGAUGGGCACUUCUUACCUACCAUACGGUCAAGCUGCUCCCACAACAGCUCAAUAGGGUUGAGAUCCGGUCACUGUGCCGGCCACUCCAUUAUAGACAGAAUACCAGCUGACUGCUUCUUCCCUAAAUAGUUAUUGCAUAGUUUGGAGCUGUGCUUUGGGUCAUUGUCCUGUUGUAGGAGGGAAUUGGCUCUGAUUAAACGCCGUCCACAGGGUAUGGAAUGGUGUUGCAAAAUGGAGUGAUAGCCUUCCUUCUUCAAGAUCCAUUUUACCCUGUACAAAUCUCCCACUUUAACACCACCAAAGCACCCCCAGACCAUCACAUUGCCUCCACCACGCUUGACAGAUGGAGUCAAGCACUCCUUCAGCUUCUUUUAAUUUUUUCUGCAUCUCAUGAAUGUUCUUUGUGAUCUGAACACCUCAAACUUAGAUUCGUCUGUCCAUAACUUUUUUCCAAUCUUCUUCUGUACAGUGUGUGUUUUUUUGCCCAUCUUAAUCUUUUCUUUUUAUUGGCCAGUCUGAGAUAUGGCUUUUUCUUUGCAACUCUGCCUAGAAGGCCAGCAAAUAAGGGCUGUUGACGUUGAGACUGGUGUUUUGUGGGUACUAUUUAAUGAAGCUGCCAGUUGAGGACUUGUGAGGCGUCUGUUUCUUAAACUACUUGUCCUCUUGCUCAGUUGUGCACCGGUGCCUCCCACUCCUCUUUCUAUUCUAGUUAGAGACUGUUUGUGCUAUUCUGUGAAGGGAGUAGUACACAGCGUUGUACGAGAUCUUCAGUUUCUUGGCAAUUUCUCACAUGGAAUAGCCUUCAUUUUUCAGAACAACAAUAGACUGACGAGUUUCAGAAGAAAGUUCUUUGUUUCUGGCCAUUUUGAGCCUGUAGUCAAACCCACAAAUGCUGAUGCUCCAGAUACUCAACUAGUUUAACAGCCAGUUUUAUUGCUUCUUUAAUCAGAACAACUGUUUCUAGCUGUGCUAACAUAAUUGCAAAAGGGUUUUCUAAUGAUCAAUUAGCCUUUUAAAAUGAUACAUUUGGGUUAGGUAACACAACGUGCCAUUGGAACACAGGAGUGAUGGUUGCUGAUAAUGGGCCUCUGUACGUCCAUGUAGAUAUUCCAUAAAAAAGCCUGCUGUUUCCAGCUACAACAGUCAUUUACAACAUUAACAAUGCCUACACUGUAUUUCGGAUCAAUUUGAUGUUAUUUUAAAUGUACAAAAAAAAACGUGCUUUUCUUUCAAAAACAAGGACAUUUCUAAGUGACCCCAAACUUUUGAACCAUAGUGUAUGUUUUAAUGUAACAAUGUUGGGUUUUUUGUUUGUAAAGGAACAUUGUCCAUGGAGGUCUGACAGACAAUGGUUGUGUUUGGCUUCUAACAUGUGUUUUGAAUACUUUCUAUGUAAUGGAGUUUGGUUCAUUUAGUGUAAAUUGUAUACAAUACUAGUUGUACAGACCAGAUAAGAACAUUAUAUUGACAAAAGUGCAAUAUUUUAAUUGCAUUCUAAUGUAUUGAUGUAGUAUAUGAAUAAAUACCAAAAUAAUGUAGGUAUCAUAAAAUGUACAUUUUGCAAUAGAGUUGAUAUUUUCACAGCCAUUGAUUUGUUAAACUUUCUACUAAAUAUUAAUAUUUCUCUCCUUUUCUGCCUUAGAUUGUUGUUUGCAUGUGAUUGAGAAUAUACUAAACAAAAAUAUAAAUACAACGUAUAAAAAGUGUUGGUCACAUUUUUCACGAGCUGAAAUAAAAGAUCCCAGAAAUGUUC